AUGUCAGAUAAUUUCCAAAGCGCACCAUUCUAUGGGACAGAAUGUGCUCUGAGGCACUCUGUGCCUGUGCUGAGGAAUUACACACCCUCAGCAGGAAUUGUGUGCAACUGCUCCAGGGUCUCCCCCCCAGCUGGGAGUUCUGCAUGGCCCCUGCCAUCAGACCCCAGCACUUGUUGCCAGCAGCUCAUGGACAGUGACUACCUUUACCAUCGAGCUGGCACGACCAUGCUGACUACACUGACUGAGCAGAAUCAGAUUUCUACCUUGGCACUCUCCUAUCCAGGUGCUCUCCCGAGGGAUCUCACAGGAAGCACUGACAGGAAGGACUUCACUGUAGCUAUCACUGACCAGAAUGCCACCCUCUCCUCCUGGUCCAUGACAGCCUGGUGUGAUAAUAUUUUAGAUCUCAAUGCUUUGGUCUCUUCCUGUCCAACAGUGUCUGCCAACUAUCUUCAGGCAACAUUGCCACAUAUAUGGAAUCAAGGAUAUAGCCUGGCACCUUCCUAUCAGGAGGGCAGCCAGGUCAAUUACUAUGCCCACAAUAGACAGGGACACCUGAUGGAUGGAGAAAUCAGGCAGUGCCUGCAGGCCUAUGGCUCUUUGUCCUACUCUGGGAGUCAGGCCUCUGCCCUGCAACCAGAGACGAUGAUGGUGUUCAAGGAGAUUCAGCCAAUGAAUGUCCCAACACCUUUUUCCACCUCUGCCAUCUACUGUCCCAGGUCUGCACCAGCCAUGUCAGACACCACUCUUCAAGUGGUGGAUAUGGAGACAUCUCUGGGAUUGACACCUCCAGGCCAGACACUCUGUCUCCUGCAGAGUCCAGAGCUCUGCAAUGCCUGCACACAGGAUGUCCUGAUAAGGAAACCACCCGUCUUUGGGGACAGCUCAUUGACUGCCCCCAUCCUAAGUCCUUCGAAAUUCUUGACAUUGCCUCUGGCUCCAAGCCUGGAACAAACAGAGAAUAACAAUAUGGAUGAGAUGACUGCAGAGCCAUUGCUGCCUAUGAAGGCCUAUGAGUGCAUUAAAGAAAACCAAGAUGCAUCACUCCUCCCCUUAGCACACCCUGACAUGCAGCAGCCCCUGAACUACACUGAUGAUGGAAGCCGAAGGCGGGAGCUAGCUUCUGAUAAUUCCACCUUGGGAAGCACUAGCCUUGGUCUGGAAGAGCCAGGGACUCUGUGGAGUGUCAUGGUGUCCAGCAUUGAUUUUGAAGACAUGACUACCCUUGUGUCAGACAUUCAACUUCCCCAACUCUUAAACUCCCUCACUGACCUUGUCCAAUAUGAAGAUCCCCCAACAACACAAUCGAAAGACUUCAGAGUCUUCAGGAGGGAUCAGGUCCAGGAAAACUCCAGCAGCAGCAUCUUCACAUACAAAGAGGUGCACAGGAACGAUCAGAAAGCCUCUGAUCUGCUUCGUGGAGUUCCUCAGGCCAGAAUCCAGUGCCAGGUUCUGUUAGAGGGAGAAGAGGCUCUAGGCAUUGCUAGGGCCAGUGAAGGGGCUAUUGACAACAUGGCCAAGCACUUGGAUGGCACAGCUCAGAAAUAUGCGCACAGCAGGCCCAGGAUAUUUAGGGCACAGGGCCAAGACAAGACCAAGAGAACCAGAGAAAACAAAACCAAGAAAUCUGGGAAGCUGAAGCCAUCUUGUUCUAGAGUCAAGGUUGAAGACAAGCUCAGCAUCCUCAAGACCAAGAGGAAGAGGAAUCCACCUGAAUUCAGCCAGGGCAGCUUUAAAAAGCCUCGCACUCACCUCGGCAUGCACAUGCUGGAGGCAGUGCAGGUCUUUCACCCACUGGGAAAGAAGAGUGACAAGAAAACAGGCAUCUCCUCCUCCCAGAGUCUGCCGAACUUGAGCAGCAGCCAAGAUCCGAACACAGGCCCAGCCACCAAAUCAAAGGUGGAUGUGCCAUGUGAUGGCCGAGGGCCUGCCAAAACCCAGGGCAAUGCUCACAGACCAGAGAGUAGUGCUCACAAGGAAUGUCCUUCUCCUUCUCCAUCCCUGUAUGAGCUGCCCCCACCUGGGAAGGUCAAGUUAGUACCUCUGCCUUUCCCAGACCUGGUAAAGCCUCAACCCAGACCACGUUCCAGAAAGCUUCUCUCCCUGGCUUCACGCAAGCCCACUGCAGCUUAUGCUGUGAGGCCACAUUCCCACUGGGCUCAGUCUAACACACUCAAGCCUUCCCAACCAGCUCCUGCCAGCAUAUCUGUGAUGGCCUCUGACAAGACAGCUGGGCUGACUGCCACCAGUGCCACACCACCUAAUGUAACACACAGCUUCCUUUCUUGCAUGAGGCCUCAGGCAGCUGUCCCUGAGCCUGGCCCCUAUAGAGUAUCAUCUCAUACUUCACUCAAGAGGGAGCUUGUCUCUGCUGCCAGGAACAAGGCCACAUCACCCCCCAAACCUCAAACUCAAUAUCUGCUGCAAGACUUCAGUCACCAUCCAAUUCCAUGGAGGAACGUCGACAUUCCAGGGCCAGUCAUCUCACAGCCCAUCACAGCACAGCAGAGGCCAGAGAGGGAGGCCAUGAAGAGGUGGGCUCAAUGGGAACGACAGAAUGCUGCCAAGUGCACCUCUCAGGACAAACUGCACGUUUUCCUUCACAGGGAGAAGGAAAUGGAAAUUGCUCGAUAUUAUGGCUAUGCAAUGUAA